AGGUGCAAUCCAAGCCGCGCUGCGAAGGCCUGCUUUCCGUUUGUGCUUUUUGUUCCAGUGGUUUUGUUUUGUGUGAACUGGUCAGAGACUGAGUGACUGAGAGACGCCCAUGGCAGCCAAUUCUGGCUGAAUUCGGUCAUAUUGAAUCAUGCCCAUGUGUACUGUGUGUAUAUUGUGGUAUAUUGUGGUAUGACUGUUGCCCGCUCACGACUCGUACGUGGAUAUGCAAAUGAAAUCGGGAACGGUUCGGAUCGCACAAGUCUUUCGAUCUGAUUGAGUGUUAGUGUGUGCCCCAAUAUUUCUGUUUCUAGUUCGCCAGCAUCGCAGCCAUGUACUUUCACACACGGCUCAAAUUAGCACCACCGAUAUCGAAUUAGAGUGCCCAAGCCGAUUCCGUCGAUUGCCCAGAUUCCGAUUCAGAGCCGAAACUUUCCUCAGCUCGGAUCUCUUCACCAGAGGCUACGACCGCAGCAGUAGCCGAUAAUUAGUGAAAGAUAUAUACGCUCUCACGAAAGUUGCUUGCGAUCCGAACACCGGAUGGUGCCCAGUUUCGAGUCCCCAGUUCCAAGUCCCCCGGCGGAGUGAAACCGUCGAAUUGGGUUCUGCUAGCAGCAUUUGUCCGAUCCCAAAAUACUCUACUCUACUCUACGAACCACACAAAGCCGUGUGGCAGUAGCAACCUUGAAAGCAACUCCAAAACAACUCGCCCUCAGGCCAUUUCAUUUCAUUGGUGUCUAUGCACAUAUUCGCUCUCUGCAGUCCGCUAAUUCUUUUGAAUAUUCAUGCCAGGCUUUCGGCCCGAAAAGGGAAGCCAUUUAAAGUUUACUUUUACUUUUCCGAUCGAAGCAAUCGAGUGUGGCCGAAUCGAGUCGAGUCGAUUGGAGCGGUCAGCCGCAUAAAGUAUGGGAACUUAGGAAAGCGGUUUCGAUCUGAUCGCAAGUGACCGGAAUCGAUCGCCAUCGAUCGGAAUCGAUCGGAACUGCGGACAGUUUGCAGUAUGCAGUAUGCAGUAUUAUAAAACAUCGUAAUUAGGCGGUGGAAAUUCAGUGUGAAUGCAAAGUGAAACCUUAAUGAACGCAACACGCUCAUGUCCAUGCGUACUCACACAUGUGCAUAUAUCUUCAUAACAUAACAUAAAUACGAAUAUAAAUAUAAAUAACCGCCAAGUGUAUGCAUGAAUUAAUCGCUGGCGAUGCCACAACAACACCUCUAAGGCCCGAGCUAAUCAGCAGCCUCACCAACGGCACUACCAUUGUAAUCAACAGCAUCAUCAACUCAACUUCAGGAGCAUCGGCAUCGGAAACACAGCAGCGGGAAAAUUAUCAGCUGCGAACGGCGAACAAUGUUUUGCUGCAACUUAUUGUUCGCAACCUCCCAUCGCAGUCAUCGUAAUCGUGGUGGCUCACUGGUGGCUCCCAAAAGAGCCAUGACUCUUCCAAAUGCAAUGCCCCCGAUCCCCAUUAUGCUGCUGCUGCUGCUGCUUGUACUGUGCACAGCUGGAAAUUGCCAAAUUUGCGGUCCGCCAGCGGUGCCGCUGAAUGCCAAGGUGCGAACCGUCACUGCCGACUCGCAGAUCGCGGAGGCGCACUACGAGUGCGAUGCCGGCUACGAGCUGUUCGGCUCGGCGUCCGUCAAGUGUGACCCCCGGACGGGCUGGGAGCGGGACCUGCCCUUCUGCGGGGUCAACGUGGCCUACCGCAAGCCCGUCAACCAGAGCUCCUACACCCGCAGCGGUCCUGCGAGCUACGCGAACGAUGGCAAGCCGGGGAACAAGAAUCCCGACGGUCAGGAGUGCUCGGAGACGCAGAAGGAGCCGUCGCCGUGGUGGCGCGUCGACCUCCUGACCCCGCAGGCGGUGCACGUGGUGCGGAUCACGACGCGCGGCUGCUGCGGCCACCAGCCGCUGCAGGACCUGGAGAUCCGGGUGGGGAACAGCAGCGCGGACCUGCAGCGGAACCCGCUGUGCGCCUGGUACCCGGGCACCCUGGACGAGGGCGUGGUGAAGACCUUCACCUGCGCCCGCCCCCUCGUCGGCCAGUACGUGGCCAUCCAGCUGGUGGGCGUGGAGGGCAGCCUGAGCCUGUGCGAGGUGGAGACCUUCACCAACGACGAGUUCUCCGUCGACCGCUGCCUGAGUCCCAAGCUCGGCGUGGACACAGUGGUGACGACAUUCUCGAAAACCUGCUACGACUUUCAUAUCACGAAAGGAGAAAGCUUCGAGAAGGCGCAGGCCAUUUGCAAGCAGACAGGUGGCGACUUGGUGCACGACUUUCGGGGCGCCACCAGCCAAUACAUCUUGUCCGAGCUGGAGCGCCGGAAGAGCGAACUGAAGCCGCAGCUGGUCUGGAUCGGUGCCCAGAAGGAGCCGGGCAUCACCUCUCGCACCUGGAAGUGGGUCACCGGGGAUGUGGUGCAGAAGCCCACCUGGGGAAAGGACCAGCCGAACAACUACAAUGGCGAGCAGAACUGCGUGGUGCUGGACGGAGGGCGGAAUUGGCUGUGGAACGACGUGGGCUGCAACCUGGACUACCUGCACUUCAUCUGUCAACACUCUCCAUUGUCUUGCGGCUCGCCGGAUGCCCAGCAAAACACCACUGUCAUGGGCAAAAAGUUCACUCUGGGCGAGACGAUCCAAUACAGUUGUCCCAAGGGCCACUCGCUGCUCGGUCAGACGGAACGGGAGUGCAGAUUGGACGGCACUUGGAGCGGCUCCUCGCCGACGUGCAAGUACGUGGACUGCGGCAGCCUUCCGGAGCUGAAGUUCGGGUCCAUCCACAAGUCGGAGGAGCGGACCAGCUUUGGCGUGGUGGCCACGUACAGCUGCCACGAGAACUACACGCUGAUCGGCAAUGAGAACCGCACCUGUGCCGUCGACGGAUGGAGCGGCAAGCAGCCGGAGUGCCUGGUGGACUGGUGUCCGGAUCCGCAGCCCAUCACCGGGGGCAAUGUGCGGUUCAGCGACAAGCGGGCUGGAUCCACGGCCACCUAUGUUUGCGAGCCGGGCUAUGUGCUGGUCGGCGAGGCGAUCAUCUCGUGCGGACUGGGAGGCGAGUGGUCGAGCAAGCCCCCGUCCUGCAGAUUCGUGGACUGCGGGGCUCCUGCCAGGCCAAACCGCGGUAUUGCGAUCCUGCUGAACGGCACCACCACCGUCAACUCGGUGGUGAAGUACGAGUGCGACGAGGACUACUGGCUGGACGGGAACUCGGAGCUGUACUGCACCCGGGACGGGAAGUGGUCGGGCGAGGCGCCCGUCUGCGAACUGGUCACCUGCGAGACGCCCCCCGUUCCAUCCGGGUCGUUCGUCAUCGGGUACGACUACAACGUCCACUCGAAGAUCCAGUACAACUGCGACCCCGGCCACAUCAUGCACGGCACCCCGGUGCUCGAGUGCCUGGACAGCGGCGAGUGGAGUGCCGACGCGCCCUACUGCGAAUACAUCGACUGCGGCCAGAUCCUGCCCAUCCCCUUCGGCAGCCACAAGUACGUGACCAACAGCACCUACGUGGGAUCGGAGGUGGUCUUCAGCUGCGCCCAGUCGCACAAGCUCAGCGGGGUGUUGAAGCGGCAGUGCCUGGAGUCGGCGAUCUGGAGCGACACGUCGCCCAAGUGCGAAGAGAUUCGCUGCCCGGAACCAAAGCUGGCCGCGCACAGUCUGCUCUCCGUCACCGGAAACGACCGCAUGUACGGACGCACCCUGAUCCGCACCUCCGAGUCCUCGCAGAACACCGCCCAGACGUACAAAAUUGGCGCCCUGGCCAAGUACCGAUGCGAACGGGGCUACAAGAUGGUGGGCGAGGCCCUGGCCACCUGCACGGAUAGUGGCCAAUGGAGCGGCAGUAUCCCGGAAUGUGUCUACGUGGAGUGCGGAGCGCCCGAGGGGAUUAACAACGGCAAGGUGGUCCUGGCCACCAACGCCACCUACUAUGGAGCCGCGGUGCUCUACGAGUGCCUCGCCAACUUCAAGCUGAGCGGGGUGUCCCGCCGCCUGUGCACGGAGCACGGCAACUGGAGCCACGAGGCGCCCGAGUGCGUGGAGGUGGUCUGCGACACGCCCAACAUCAGUGAGAACCUGAUCGUGGAGGCCGGACCCCGGGCCGUGGGAUCGGUGGUGACCUUCAAGUGCUCCAAGGGCAGGAUCAUGAUGGGCAACGACACGCGCGUCUGCCAGAAAAACGGAAAGUGGGCCGGCAAAAGCCCCACCUGCAGACCCGUCGAUUGCGGACGCCCACUGGCCAUCGAGAACGGCCGAGUGAUCGUGGUCAACGAGUCGACGCUGUACGGCGGCUCCGCGGAGUACCACUGCAUCCCGAACUACAACCGGAUCGGGCAGUACCUGCGCAAGUGCACCGAGGAAGGGGCCUGGAGCGGGAAGCAGCCGCACUGCGAGCUGGCCACCGCCGAGGGGCACGAGAGCUCGGAGCUGGGCACCGGCGUGGGGAUCGGGGCCACCGUGAUCGUGGCCCUGCUGGCCAUCUUCGGCCUGAUCUUCCUGUACCGCAACAAGGCGCGUCCGGUGAAGAACACGGAGAACGUGCAGGCGGCGGAGACGAAGGACGAGCGGAACGCGGCCGUGAUGUCCUACUCCACGCUGGAGGCGAACAACCGCAUGCACAUGGACAACAAUCCCUCGGCCACGUUCAACACGUUCCACGGUGGAGCGGGUCGCCCCAAUGGCGCCGGCACUCCCGAUGCCAGUGCCACGGGCAACGGGGAGAGGCUGAACAACAAUCGGUCAGAGAACAUAUACGACCAGAUACCAAACGAGCAGUUCUACGACGCUCCCUACGAGAUGCGCUCCAAUGACGAGGUCUACGAGCCGGAGCCGGUGGCCAGCAACGUGAUUACCAUCAACGGGAUUUCCGUGAGGUAGAGGAGGCUCCAAAGCUCCGAGGCUCCGAGGCGACACCGUGUGGCAGCAACGUUGUGUGUUAAUAACUGUACAUAUUAAUUGUUUAAGGGAGGUGUUGAGUUACUCGUAGUUCGCCUAAAGCUAAAACUUGGUCACCCCAUGCCCAUGCACAUGUACCGUAGCCCCCUACGAAUAGGUCUAUCCGUAAUCUAUACUUACCAUAUACCAUUACCGUAUCUAAGCGAGCGUACCUACUACAGCCCAUGUACUGAGAUCGACUUGUCGAGUGGGAAUCCGGACCACGAGCCGGGGAUGUCCUCUGCCAGGGACACUCCUCGCCCCAUCCAUACUCGUAUUUGUUUGUGUUGUUUAAAUUAUUUUAACUAUGUAGUGAGAGUGAACAGUUUUGUUAUGCAAUGUGUAAGAACUCGCCAAUGUGUGUAAAAAGCAUUAAUUUUACGAACAAUUAAACGAUUGUGGUUGACUAAUUUAUUA